AUGGAAGACGAGCAAGUGGAGCCCCAAGUUUUCGCUGACCACGAAGACGACCCUCCAGUGUUAAGUUCACAUGCUUUAGCUGCUUUGAAAGAGUUCCUCCAAGAACAACAACAACUCAUCACUGACCAAACUGCACAAACGGGAGGAGAAGGAACUGAAACAGGAAAUAGAGUUGCCUUAGUAGCAGAGGACUGGAGGCUGAGCCAGUUUUGGUACGACCAAUUAACCGCAGAGACUGUAGCAAACGAGGUUCUUACUUUAUUGAACAACCCUAGUUCACUCGCUGCUUGCAUUGCUUGCCCAACUCUCUUUGCUUACAUCAAGAAAAUUGAUCCGAGUGUGAAUGUGCAAUUGUUGGAGUACGACAAGAGAUUUGAGCAAUACGGGAGUGAUUUCACUUUUUAUGAUUACAACAAACCAGAAGAUUUGCCUGAUGAAUUUAAGCAUAAUUUUCAAGUUGUUGUUGCUGAUCCUCCUUACUUGAGUCAGGAGUGCUUAGAAAAGGUUGCUCAAGCAAUUUCUUUUCUUGCAAUACCAGGAAAAUCUUAUGUGCUGCUACUCACAGAUGUUGAAACAUCACCUGAUGCACUCGUUUCAAAGCUUCAAGGCAUGAUUCAGCUUUGGAGGAAUCUGUAUAUAGCAACCAAUGAACAAUUAUACAAUUACUUUGAUAAAUUGAGGUCUCAUUUCAACGUCCAUUUACUUGAUGAUUGGAAGAUAGGCAAUUUGGUUGAUAACGAAGAAGAGAAAGAGACAGGAGACGUGCAGAGGGAUAGGGCAGCUGAACUGUUGGGAUUGCGUUCAUGUGGUUUCAAGCCUCAACAUUCUAGCAAACUUGGGAAUGAGUUUAGGCUGUUCACAAACUAUGACCCUGGGAUGAGGUUAGGAGGGUGGGAGCUGGAGAAAUAG